AUGGCAGAUGAAUACUCUUCGUUGAGAAACGAACUCAAGCUAUGGGAAAAGGAGUUUCAAGCCCAACAUAGUCGCAAAGCAACACCCGAUGACAUUAGGCUGGUCGAGGGUUUAGCAAACAAAUACAAAAGGUUCAAAGCUUUAUCCAAGAAUGCUACAAAACCUUCGGGUCCAUCCACUAAGAGUGAUAACCCGGCCCCUGCGGCAUCUAGUUCCAUCCUCAAGCGCCCAAAGAUAGUGGAAGAUGAUCGAGAUCCAUUACCCCAAAAGAG